AAUACCAGCAACCCGAACUCUGCAGCCAUAGACCUCCACCAUGCUGCUCGAGGACCCAUAUCCUUCAACUCCGCUGCGUUUCCUUUUAAGCUAACCCCCACCAAUUAUCCCUCCUAGAAGAUGCAAUUCACGUGUCUUAUUGCAGGUUAUGACUUACUUGGCUUUCUGGAUGGCUCAAAUCCGUGUCCUGUGGCUACGGAACCCACCUAUGCUCCCUUGGGCUCGGCAAGAUCAACUCUUACGCCAUGCACUCAUUACUUCGGUUUCAGAGAACAUCACACCCUACAUUGCUGCGGCACCCACUGCUCAACAUGCCUGGGAAACGCUAGCCAACCUCUAUGCAAACCGAUCGCGUGCUCGAGUGAUCACACUGAAGGAGCGACUUCAAAACAUGCGCCGUGAUGGAAGAUCUAUCUCUGAAUAUCUCCGCACUCUAAAAGCGGUGGCAGACGAAUUAGGUACGAUUGAUCGACCCCUUUCUGAUGAUGAUUUAACAGUUUAUAUUCUGAAUGGCCUAGGUCCAGAAUUUCGAGAGAUUGCAGCAUCUCUUCGAACGCGAGACACCUCUCUAUCUUUUGAUGAUCUCCAUGAUCGGUUGGUGGCUCAUGAAGACAGUCUCCGACGGGAAGAUACUAAACUGGAAACCACUCCUCUCACUGCCCACCUUGCUAGAGCAGCCACAACACCCUCUUCCUCCGUCGUGACCUCUGCUGGACUGUUGCCCACACCUCACCAAGGUCGGUUCUUCCCUCCACCACAUCGGAACUAUCGAGGACCCCUGUCCUCCAACAGAACCUUCUCCGGGAAUCGACGGCGUGGAUCUUUUGGCCCGCCCAACAAUCGGCCUACUGCUCAAGCCUGUCAAUUGUGCCACAAUUCAGGCCAUUUUGCCCACAAUUGUCCGUUUUACCGGGUUCAACAACACCCUCCGCAUGCCAACUUUGCAUCCUCUCCCAACAUUGCGUCUGAGGAUUGGCUCAUCGACUCUGGUGCAACUCACCAUGUGACCACGGACCUUGCCAAUCUCGCCUUGCACUCUGAAUAUCUUGGCCCUGAUGAACUUCAAAUUGGGGAUGGAACAGGAUCGAAGCACGGGGGCGACACUGUUGCGCGGUCCAAAAAUACAUGGAGUUUAUCAACUCCCAAGCAAAACUAAGCCUGUGGCUCUGGUUGGUGAACGUGUCUCUUUGGCGAACUGGCAUGCACGCUUAGGUCAUCCUAAUACCAAGACCAUAAAUUCGAUAUCCCGUGUUUUUAAAUUGCCUAUUUCUAAUAAAAUGGACUUUUCUUU